UCUGUCUUCACGCGACAGCGAAUCGGUAAGCUUCACAAGUUGAAGCCGAAGAGGAUCAAAAAAUCAAUUUUUUUUUUUUGUUUCGAAGAACCAGGAAUCACAAAACCCUAGAGGACUCUCUGUAAUCAACCUUAAAAACCCACCAAUUCCAUCAUGGCAAAGAAGAGAAAGCUCGAAUCUGAAUCCAACGAAACGUCAGAGCCGACGGAGAAGCAGCUGCAAUGUGAAAAAGAGGAUCCGGAAUUCAGAAAUGAUGAUAAACAGAGAGACCACGACGAAGAAGUAGUAGGAGAAGACGCACUAAAGGAGGAAGCUAAAGGUGAAGAUAAUACAGAGGCGGAGACGUCGUCAGGAUCUGCGAAUCGGGGAAAUGGGGAUGAUGACGAAGAAGAACCCAUCGAGGAUCUAUUGGAACCGUUUUCAAAGGAUCAACUUUUGAUUCUUCUCAAGGAAGCUGCAGAGAGACAUAGCGAUGUUGCUAAUCGAAUCCGGAUUGUGGCGGAUGAAGAUUCUGUUCAUCGUAAGAUCUUCGUUCACGGGCUUGGAUGGGAUACUAAAGCCGAAACACUUAUCGAAGCUUUUAAGCAAUACGGAGAGAUCGAAGAUUGCAAAUGUGUGGUUGAUAAGAUAUCUGGGCAAUCUAAAGGUUAUGGCUUUAUCCUCUUUAAGUCAAGGUCUGGUGCUCGUAACGCUCUUAAGCAGCCUCAGAAGAAGAUUGGAACUCGCAUGACUGCUUGCCAGCUGGCGUCUAUAGGACCUGUUCAGGGAACCCCUGUUGUGGCUCCUGCUCAGCAUUUCAAUCCUGAGAAUGUUCAGAGGAAGAUCUAUGUUAGUAACGUUAGUGCAGAUCUUGAUCCGCAGAAGUUGCUGGAGUUUUUUUCAAGAUUUGGGGAGAUUGAAGAAGGUCCUUUGGGGCUUGAUAAAGUUACUGGGAGACCUAAAGGUUUCGCUUUGUUUGUCUAUAGAUCCCUGGAAAGUGCCAAGAAGGCAUUGGAGGAGCCACACAAGACUUUUGAAGGCCAUGUCUUGCAUUGCCAUAAAGCAAAUGAUGGGCCUAAACAGGUUAAGCAACAUCAACAUAACCAUAACUCUCACAAUCAAAAUUCCCGCUACCAAAGGAACGACAGCAAUGGUUAUGGUGCACCUGGAGGCCAUGGACAUUUCAUAGCUGGUAAUAACCAAGCUGCGCAGGCGUUUAACCCGGCUAUUGGCCAAGCCCUCACAGCUUUGCUGGCAUCUCAGGGUGCUGGGUUGGGUUUGAACCAAGCAUUUGGGCAGGCUUUGUUGGGGACAUUAGGGACAGCUAGCCCAGGAGCUGUAGGUGGAAUGCCAAGUAGCUAUGGUACUCAAGCAAAUAUCACGCCUGGGGUCUAUCCUGGGUACGCUGCCCAAGCCGGGUUUCAGGGCGGUUAUCAGACUCAGCAACCUGGUCAGGGCAGUGCUGGAAGAGGGCAGCAUGGUGUUGGGUAUGGUGGUCCUUACAUGGGUCAGAUGUAGCCACUCAGAUAUUCCAAUACAGUACUUUUUAUAUUGGCCUGGUGAAUCUUCUGAAGUUAUUAAGGAGCUGAUGCAAAUGGAGUUGUUUAGUUUUUGGAUGAAAUGUUACUCUUUCGUGUCUUCAAAAGCCAUGACUCUUCAAACCUUUCAAGAAGUUUUAGUUUUCCCCUACUUAUUUCUCAACCUUUUUUAUGAUAUCCCAAAUACACUGUUCUGAUUUAACCAUUAUGGUCUCUGUUUUAAACUUUUGUGAACGUUUUCAUUUGUAAAACUUAAACAGUGUUCCUCAUGGACACACAAAUGCUUUCACUCUGUUUGAAUUCGUAUUUUCUCUUAAUCAGACUCUAGUUUUUAUUGGUUCUCUCUAUGUUUCGCGGUUUUGUGGAUUUUUUUCAUGCACGUAAUUCCUCUUACCAUUUUGGUCGUAUUAUAUUACUCUGGAACCUUGUGAGAGUAUGAUCACACGUUCACUUUGCAUGUGUACAUUAUGGCUCAUCUUGAUCACCACAUAUCAUAUCUGCUUAAUCCUUAUUCCUCUUGCAGGUAAUUUGAGAGCAAAGCUGAACGGUCAACACUUACGCCCAGCAAAAUCUUAUGGGCUUGAAUUGGUAUUUUGCUGUGGCAUCAUUGGAGCUCUGCAAUGUCUUCCCAAAUAAAGAAAGGUAAGUAUAAAUAUUUGCAUUGUGAAGAUUUGUAUAUAACUAUAGAACCAUAGUUGAGGAAUGAAUUGAUGAUGUUAAGUCCUUACACAAAUGUGCUUCCCGUUUUGAACUGUUUCUUUUGUAUGUUGAAUCAGAGCUGCUUUACGAGAGUAUAAGAACCAGAGUAUCUACUCGUCAUUCACUAAUGCUAAGUGCAAAGGUUCCACCUACUAGGCCACUGGGUAUAGUUAACUUAUGAAGCUUUUACAGCACUUGAUUUAUAAUUAUAGGAGACCUAAGUUGGUAAAUCCAGAUAUAGUGUAUGUUCUUGUUCUCUAUGUGACAGGAUCAAGCUACCACACAUGGUUCAAGAGUAUUCUCUAUGUGUGAGUUUGAUUAGAAUUUACAAACAGUCAAGGACAAAGGUACACAAGGAAGCGGAGUCUCUUGAUAAGAAGAAUAGGAGAGUAAUAAAGAAAGAGAAAAGGGAAACAGAAACACGUGGGAGAACAUCCCAAAGAGGAAGCACACGCGGAUCUUCAUGCAAAGCUGAAAGCCCCGAUUCUCCCAUGUGGUCCCUUCCUUCCUUUGUCCCCCUCCUCUUUCUCCUUUUACUCUUUUUUUACCAUAAUACAACGAAUCUUUUUUUUAUCAUAUUGUUUUGGUUUUAUUGAUAAAUCAGUAACACCUUGGUUACUUCACAAUCUUACUUUUUUCAUAUAAGAAGCGCAUUUUGGGAAACUUAUGUUUGAGAAAGACAAGUCUUUUUAGAGAAAGUGAUGUAGCAAAGCUAAAGUGAUUAUAUAAAUAACUCUAAA